AUGACUAAUUUAAAAAAAAAACUCAGUCAGAAAAAAAUAUAUUAUUGUUCAUUCGCCUGCCACACCACGUGGCGUCGCUGUCACGGUAUGUCAACAGGAAGAACAAGUAACCCGAUGAGAGUAGAAGAAAACGUGAUGGAAGAGUUCGAAUUCGAUGAGAUAUUAGACGACUGGUUUAUUGAUUCUUUAAAAGCGUACAAAGACCUUCAUGUGUAUCAGCUGGAGUUCCCCACCCGAGUUAUUGAGUGGACGUCAGCGAAAACCGUGUGCGUGGCAAGUUGCGACGCGUUCAACAAAAAUCACAUUUUGGAGCUCGGAUUGCCGCCAAAACUCUUUGCGCAACAACAGGGCGUAUGCGCCGAGCGCGAUUUCCGAGUUCUCCACGGCGGCUUUUGUCCGGGUCCGGUCAGCGUCCUCAAACACUUCCCGGGGACAAGGCUAAUCGUAACCAAUGACGGCCGAACAUCAGACUUGCUGGUUUGGAACCUCGGAGGUGACGACAGCGACGUCAUCGCGGAGGAGGCGAGCGUGGCGGGUUCGAAGGAAAGCCAGGGCGGGGUCAAGGUGGCGGCACGAACCGCGGCACAAGCGGAGGUGGUUCACGGGCGACGGGUCGCUGACGUCAAGUUGACACACUUGGACACGGGACAGAGCGUUUACACACUUGCGUCAUUGAACGAAGAGCUCGUGAGCAGCUUCCACUUCGCGAGCGACGCAGUUUUCCUGAUCGCUUGCGGAAACGGCGAUGUCCACACAGUGGACACGCGCGUUUCGACGCCGCCCCGGUGCGAUCCCGCGCCGCCCUUCCCCAGUUGUCGUGGCGUCUGGCGGACUGAUGUGCGUGAGUCCCAGCUAGUUCGGGUGUCGACGUGCGGGCGAACUGCCAUUUCGGACCCAAGGAGCCCCGCGGUUGUCGUGCGCAGGGCUCGGCUGGCGCCGGGCAAGGUGCCUGGUGACCCGGAGGACGUGACCGUGUCGUGGGCGCCGGGACUGGAUGACGUCGUGGCGGUGUCAGGUUUCAACGGCAACGUCCAAAUCUACGACACAUCAUCUUGGACGUCGGACCCCCGCGACGUAGAUCCGCUCUUUGAACACGGCGGCCACACCGUGUGUUCGCCGCAAGGGGGCGCCGUCGUCGCUCGCCAUCUCUGGCACCCCCAAAAAUCCCGCACGCUGGUGUCCGCUGCUAGCGACGCCUCGCUACACGUGUGGGACUGGAUCCAACGUGAGAUUUACAGAGAUGACUGCCAGAAGAAAACGUUCCCUCAGUCCUUGAUGAUAUGGGGCUGCAUUUCAGGCAAAGGCACUGGGUAGAUGGCUGUGGUUAAAUCUUCAAUAAAUGCACAGGUUUACAUUGAAAUUUUAAACAGCUUUCUUGUUCCUUCAAUUGAAAAUAUGUCAUUUUCCAAGAUGACAAUGCAUAAAACUGUUAAAGCAUUCCUUGGAGAAAGACUAAAAAUGCUAAAGAGUCGCACUUUUGAACUAAUUCAUUAUUUUUUCAAGCUUUUUAAUCAGAGUUUGUUCUAUAUGAUAAUAUGUCUGAGACUGGUGAUUCCAUACUUUUUGCUGGGGGUUGUAGAUAGCUUUGUGCUCAGAAAAAAAACAAUUGUUAUAAAAAAAAAAAAUCGUAUACAAAUAUCAACAGUUACUCACAAUGUUACUUAUUACUUGAGUAUUCUUUUCACCAAAUAUUUUUUUACCUGUACUUGAGUACAUUUUUUGGAUGACUACUUUUACUUGAAUAAUAUUAUUUUGAAGUAACGCUACUCUUACUUGAGUCAAAUUUUUGGCUACUCUACCCACCUCUGCUUACCAUUCACGAAUCGUAAAACGCUAUACAUGCUAGCCAAACCCGAGAAACGCCAUUUGCAUGUUAACAAGGUGCCGGCCAUCUGAGGCGUCUGCACUAGCCGCUGCGGAUGAAGAAGAAUCAGCCGCUCUGAAGACAAAUCGCACGCGAGCAGCCUUUUGAGGAGUCACACGUCAAAAUAGGAACAAACGAAUGGAGAUGAAUUUAUUUUUUUUUUUUACUCAACUCCAAUCAUGUAAUUAACGUCUUUGAAGCGGAUGUUUGCAGCUUUAAAGAAAAUGCGUAAUCAAUUAAUGAGGUAGAGUGACUUUUGGCCUUGCUGCAGAGUUUCAAAGGAAUAUUUAUUAUGACUUGUUAUUCCACACUUAAUGUCUGAAUUAAAUAGCUUGUUUAAACCUAAAUGGUUGGCUCAAAAGUUUUUGCGUUUGAGAUUUUUUUUGCUGCGUCUUCCCAUGGUAGCACAGUUUACCAAGUCAAACUGGGCUUUAGGACAUUAAUAUUUUAUGCUGAGUCAUUAAUCUUCGCUGGCAGGCUCCGUCCAAAAUCAGUUGUGAAAAUUCAAAAUUUUGGCAGUUCAUCAAUUUCUCUAGAAUAUUUUGUUACAUUUUGAUCGAAAUGACACAAAAUACUUUCUAAACUGAAGCCUCCUCAAACCAAAAUGGCAGCCUUUCUGCGUCGUUUCCGGCAUGGCUUCUUGAGACUUUUGUAGCUUUUCUCAUGACAGACAUGUCUAGGGGUGCACGAUAUCCAUUUUUGAAACCGAUACCGAUACGAUAACCGAUAAUAUAUAUAAUUUUUCAAUGUAUAUUCACCUGAGUUUUUGAACACCUGUAGGUCAAAAAUACUAGUGGUUGAUUCAGCUUAGGUUUGCCUUUGACCGAACCAGAAUUUUCAUGAUGACAUGAACAUUAUUAUAAUGAACAAAACAAAGACAGCGACAAAACUUUGCAUACUGGAAAAACAUAGUGGAAACAAACGCACAAAUCCCAAUCCGACACCGUGCCAAAAACGUUAUUAAUAGGGCCGAUAAUACAGUUGUGUACAAAACUUGUGAAGAACAUGUCAUGGCUCUCUUGAGUUUCCAGUUAUUUCUACAACUCUGAUUUUUCUCUGAUAGAGUGAUUGGAACAGAUACUUAUUUGUCACAAAAAACAUUCAUGAAGUUUGGUUCUUUUAUGACUUUAUUAUGGGUGAACAGAAAAAAGUGAUCAAAUCUGCUGGGUCAAAAAUAUUCAUACAGCAGCGCUAAUAUUUGCUAACAUGUCCCUUGGCCAUUUUCACUUCAAUUAGGCGCUUAAGGUAGCCAUCCACAAGCUUCUGGCAAGCUUCUGGUUGAAUCUUUGACCACUCCUCUUGACAGAAUUGGUGCAGUUCAGUUCAAUUUGAUGGCUUUCUGACAUGGACUUGUUUCUUCAGCAUUGUCCACAAGUUCUCAAUGGGGUUUAAGUCAGGACUUUGGGAAGGCCAUUCGAAAACCUUAAAUCUAGCCUGAUUUAGCCAUUCCAUUACCACUUUUGAUGUGUGUUUGGGGUCAUUGUCCUCUUGGAACACCCAACUGCGCCCAAGACCCAAUCUUUCGGCUGAUGACUUUAGGUUAUCUUGAAGAAUUUGAAGAUAAUCCUCCUUCUUCAUUAUCCCAUUUACUCUCUGUAAAGCACCAGCUCCAUUGGCAGCAAAACAGCCCCACAGCAUAAUACUACCACCACCGUGCUUGACGGUAGGCAUGGUGUACUUGGGGUUAAAGGCCUCACCUUUUCUCCUCCAAACAUAUUGCUGGGCAUUGUGGCCAAACAGCUCGAUUUUUGUUUCGUCUGAUCACAGAACUUUCCUCCAGAAGGUCUUAUCUUUGUCCAUGUGAUCAGCAGCAAACUUCAGUCGAGCCUUAAGGUGCCGCUUUUGGAGCAGGGGCUUCCUUCUUGCACGGCAGCCUCUCAGUCCAUGGAGAUGCAAAACACGCUUGACUGUGGACACUGACACCUGUGUUCCAGCAGCUUGUAAUUCUUGGCAGAUCUGCUUUUUGGUGAUUCUUGGUUGAAUCUUCCCCCUCCUGACCAAUUUUCUCUCAGCAGCAGGUGAUAGCUUGCGUUUUCUUCCUGAUCGUGGCAGUGACAAAACAGUGCCAUGCACUUUAUACUUAUAAACAAUUGUUUGCACUGUUGCUCUUGGGACAUGCAGCUGCUUUGAAAUGGCUCCAAGUGACUUUCCUGACUUGUUCAAGUCAAUGAUUCGCUUUUUCAGAUCCAUGCUGAGCUCCUUUGACUUUCCCAUUGUAGCGUUUGCAUCCAGUGAGCCCUAUUUAAAUGGCCUCAGAGAAGUCAAAAUUGCUAAUUCGUGUUGCUGUAUGUAUAUUUUUGACCCAGCAGAUUUGAUCACUUUUUCUGU